AUGGCCUUUUUACAAUUAGCUACUGAAGUUUCUCAACCAUUCGUUAUUAAUGGUGUUUCCCCAAUUACCCCAACCUGUUCAAGAAAAAACUCUCUACAUGAAUCUGCCACUGUCACUGCGACUACCACCAAUGUCGAUCCUACUACUACCACUCAAUCUAUUAAUGCAAAUAGACAAGCUCGUCAAAGACACAACUCUUUGUCUUUAUUAUAA